CGUGUGUUUCCUGGGGGACACAGAGCGAGGUGGGGAUCCGUCGACCAGAAGCUUCUCUAAAGCUGUUCAUAAAAACAUUAUGCUCAUUUCUGCAACAGUUUGGGUCGAGUUAUGAGUAAAGAGUUACAGAUGAGGGCCGCAAUUAAUCAGAAGUUGAUUGAGAUGGGUGAGAGGGAGAGGUUAAAGGAGUUACUUAGAGCGAAACUCAUUGAGUGUGGUUGGAGAGAUCAGUUAAAAGCACACUGCAAAGAGGUCAUCAAGGAAAAGGGCAUUGAGAAUGUCACAGUAGAAGACUUGGUUGCUGGAGUCACCCCAAAAGGAAGAGCGCUGGUUCCUGACAGUGUGAAGAAAGAACUUCUGCAGAGAAUAAGAGCUUUUCUAGCACAGCAUUCUACAUGAUGCAUUACUGGGAAUAUGACCCUAUGCCAAUUGAAAUGCCACAAUGUUUGCUGUGAAGUUGUUAGUGUUUUUUAUCUAAUUGUUUGUCAUGUUUGUGGUAAAGAAAUAUAAGCAAAUCAGUUACAUGAUUUUGUUGCACCAAUAAAAUUUGCUCAUGUUUAUACAUAG